AUGGAGCUCGACGAAUCAUUAGGAAACCGAAAGCGCUCCUUUGCCGAACACGACCAAGGUCUCGAUUCCGAGGCCGCCUACAAGAAGCGCCGACUCGAUGGCGAGAACGCAGAGGUGCCGGCGCCGGGGGCCCUGAGCAGCUUCGCCUCGGCCAUCUCGGGCGUGUUUGGCUACGGCAAAAAGGCUGCGGCUGCAGAGUCAACGGGCGAGGUCGUCGACAAGGGCGCCGUUCCCCAGCCAAAGCCGCAGGCGCAGCAGCAGCAGCAGCAGCAGCAGCAGCCACUGUCCACGACAACAGCGAACAAGGCCCGGCCGGCGAUCAAGCUUGCGGCGCUGCUGGGGACGAAGUGGGAUACGGGAGAUGCGCCGCCGAAAAAGGGGAGAGGGGGCAGACGCAAGGUGAUUCCCGUGCGAGACGAGACCUUUGUGUCACCCAAGCAGGAAGCACCGCCUUCGGGCAGAGGCAGAGGCAGAGGGCGAGGCAGAGGCAGCAGAGACGAGCUCUCGACGAAUGAAUACCCUGCCGUUGGCCCUCUGGGCAGCCGGAACUUGAACCUCACUCAAAGAUUGGCUGAAUCUACUGCCUCGGCGGCGUCGACACCAAAGAGCAUAUUAUCACCAACGAAGAAACGAGGACCCCGACCACUGAAGAAUGUGUCUUUCGACCAAACAAACGAUGCCCAAGUCUCUACGGAAGUCUUCUUCGAGGAUCUGCCAAAAGAGCCAAGCGCCAGAAAGAAGCCCGGCCGAAAGCCCAAGCAGGCUGAGCCUAUCGCCGCAGCCUCGGACGAGAUCGUGUGCGGCAUAUGCUCUAGUCCGGAAUCCGAAGCACCCAACGAAAUCAUCCUCUGCGACAACUGCGACUUUGCCGUACACCAAAUGUGCUACGGCGUGCGUGAGAUUCCAGAGGGCGACUGGCUGUGCAAAUCGUGCGCGCAGGAGGAUGUUUUGGGCUUGGCGAAGAAGCCGGCCGAGGAGGUUUCCGAGGAGGUCGCUGACGCGGUAGCGGCGCCUGUCAGUGAGGUGCCAGAUAUUCCCAACCUGGACUUUCACUUGCGCGCCCUGCAGAGGGUUCUGCUGGAUCGGUGUACUGGCCGGAGGUCGAUUCGCAUGUUUGGCCAGCAGGACCAGUACGAGAAGGCGCAUCAGCUGAUUGAGCAGACUGUUGUGGCGGGCGAGGGGAACUCUAUGCUCCUUAUCGGGCCCAGGGGAUGUGGGAAGACGACGAUGAUCAACAACAUUGUCAAGGAUAUGUCGCGGGAGCAUCGUCAAGACUUUCACAUCGUUAGGCUCAACGGGUUUAUUCACACAGACGACAAGUUGGCGCUCAAGGAGAUCUGGCGGCAGCUGGGCAAGGAGAUGCAGGUUGACGACGACUUGCUGACGCGGUCCAACUAUGCGGAUACCAUGGCAUCCCUAUUGGCACUGCUGUCCCACCCCUCCGAAAUCAUAGGGCAAGACGAGGGCGUCACGUCGCAAUCCGUCAUCUUCAUCAUUGACGAGUUUGAUCUGUUUGCGACUCAUCCCAGGCAGACUCUUCUCUACAACCUGUUUGACAUUGCGCAGUCGCGAAAGGCACCAAUUGCGGUCCUGGGAUGCACGACGCGCCUCGACGUAGUGGAGAUGCUCGAGAAGAGAGUCAAGAGCCGCUUCAGCCACCGAUACAUUUACCUCUCGCUGCCCAAGAACUUGGCGGCCUUUUGGCAAGUCUGCCGACAGGGGCUCAUGCUCGGGGAUGUUGAGCCGGAGGAGGAAGGGUUGGACCGGAGCGUCGAGGGAUUCACCGAGUUCCAGGCCUACUGGGAUCACAAGAUCGAGGAUCUCUACAAGCAGCGAGCGUUCCAAGACCUGCUGCAGUAUCACUACUACACGACCAAGUCGCCGUCGGGCUUCUUCAACGAGUGGAUUCUACCACUGUCGUGGCUAACGGCGAGCAACCCAGACCUCAAGAUCCCAGCCGUCGGCUCGGAGCUGACGUCGCUGGCACCGCCCGACUCGCGCCUGCACCUGCUGUCGACGCUGUCGGAGCUGGACCUCGGGCUGCUGAUUGCGGCCGCGCGGCUGGACAUUGUGGCCGACACGGACACGGUCAACUUCGCCAUGGCGUACGACGAGUACAGCACGCUGGCCGGGCGGCAGCGCGUGCAGUCGGCGACGGCGGGACUGCUGGCGCAGGGCGGCCACGCGCGGGUCUGGGGUCGCGGCGUGGCGGCCGUCGCGUGGGAGCGGCUGGUGACGCUGGGCUUGCUGGUGCCGGCGGGCGCGGGCGCGGGCGCGGGCAGCAGGAGUCAGGGGCAGCACGGGGGGCUCGAGGCCAAGAUGUGGAGGGUGGACGUUGCGCUCGAGGAGAUUCCGGUGGCGACGAAGCUGAGCAGCGUCUUGGCCAAGUGGUGCAAGGAGAUUUGA